AUGGCGUCCCUACCUACUCAGAUGCAAGCCCUUAGGUACACCAAGCCCGAGGAGUAUGGCAUUGUCACCGCUCCUCUGCCCAAGAUCCGCGACAACGACGUCCUGAUCAAGGUCAAGGCCUGCGGUAUCUGCGGCACUGAUUUACAUAUUCAUGAAGGAGAGUUUAUUGCAAAGUUCCCCCUUAUUCCUGGUCAUGAGACAGUAGGUGUUGUGGCCGCUAUUGGUAAAGAUGUCCAGGGCUUUGCUGUUGGCGAGCGUGUGGUAGCAGAUAACUCCGAGCUCUGCAACGAGUGCUUCUACUGCCGACGCGGACAACUUCUGCUAUGCGAGAAGUUCGAAGCUCACGGUGUGACCAUGGAUGGUGGAUUCGCCGAGUACUGUGCCUAUCCCGCCGGAAAGGUUUUCAAGAUCCACAAUCUUUCUGAUGUUGAUGCUACUCUCCUCGAGCCUGCCUCUUGCGCCGCUCACGGACUCGAGAAGAUCGCUCCCAAGCUUGGUUCAUCCGUCCUUAUGUUCGGAGCUGGCCCAACCGGAUUGGUACUUGCUCAGAUGUUGAGACAAAAUGGUGGUUGCCACGUCGUUAUUGCUGCUCCCGAGGGUUUGAAGAUGGACUUGGCUAAGAAGCUGGACGCCGCUGAUGAAUACGUCGAGCUAUCCCGCAAGAACCCAGAGGCUCAAUUCGAAAAGAUCAAGGCGGAUAACAAAUACGGAUUCGAUAUCGUCGUCGAGGCCACCGGCUCCCCCAAGAUUCUCGAAGAUGCCAUCAACUAUGUCCGCCGCGGUGGCAAGCUGGUCGUCUACGGUGUCUACUCGAGCGCCGCCCGCGUCACCUGGCCACCAAGCAAGAUCUUCGGUGACGAGAUCACUAUCCUUGGUUCCUUCUCCGAGACCUACAUGUUCCCCGCUGCCAUCGACUACCUCGAUUCGGGAAAAGUCAAGGUCGAGGGUAUUGUCAACAAGACAUACAGACUAGAGCAGUGGGGUGAGGCCUUGGAGGCUAUGAAGAACAAGACCGCCAUCAAGGCCGCUAUUGUCUUUGACUAA